AUGGGUAGUAUGAAGUUGUUGUUCUUGGUGAUUCUUGCUCUUUUCUCUUCUGUUCCUCGUGGUCUCCAUGCAGUUCCUCCCCAUUACCAAGUUGAUGCAAUCUAUCAGUUUGGAGAUUUGAUUUCAGACACGGGUAAUUUGAUUCGUGAAGAUCCAGUUGGAUCACAUUCAGCCUUUGCACGACUUCCUUAUGGUCAAAACUUUUUCCAUAAACCAACUGGUCGUUGCUCUAAUGGACUUCUCAUGAUCGAUUUUAUUGCUGAAUACUUCAAGCUGCCACUUCUGGAUGCAUAUCUUAAUAAAGCUGGCAACUUCAAACAUGGAGUAAACUUUGCAGUUGCAGGGUCCACAGCUCUUACCACAUCAACAUUAGCAGCUAAGAAGAUUUUAUCUCCUGUCACAAACAGUUCACUACCUGUUCAAUUGGGUUGGUUUAAGUCUCACCUUGAUUCAAUUUGUAAGCAUUAUUCUUCAGACUGCAAACACAAGCUCGCGAACGCCCUUUUCAUCAUCGAAACAGGUGGUAAUGACUUCAACUAUGCCUUCUUCCAACAAAAAUCACUCCAAGAUGUUCAACAAAUGGUAGAUGAAGUUAUUCAAGGCAUCACAAGUGUUGUACAGGAAGUAAUUAGUUUAGGUGCAACUCAAGUUGUCAUUCCUGGUAACUUCCCAAUCGGCUGCAUGCCUAUCUAUCUCAGCACCUUCCAAACGAAUGACUCUAAGAUGUACGAUGAGCUUCACUGUCUUAAAGGAUUGAACGAAUUCGCGACAUUUCAAAAUGAUCACUUACAAGAAGCUAUUAGGAAGCUUCAAGAGCAGCAUCCAAAGGUUGCGAUUGUUUAUGCUGACUAUUACAACGCCUUGAGGGAACUCCUUAAUCAUGCAGCUUCACUCGGAUUCGAGAAGGAUCAAGUGCAAAAGACAUGUUGUGGGAUCGGCAACAACGAAUACAACUUUAACAUGACAAGUAUGUGUGGAUACAAUGGAGUUCCUGUUUGCAAGCAUCCGUAUGAGCGCGUCAGUUGGGAUGGAGUUCACAUGACUCAGCACGCAUAUAAACUCAUGGCAAGAUGGCUACUGAAGAAGAAUAUUAUUCAUGGCAUCUCAACUCGAGUUUAGACGUCUUUUUCAUAUAAUAUUAGUCUAGAAUUUUUCAGAA